GCGAGCUUUGAAAGUUGAGGCGAGCGGCGGUCGUGAUGGCGCGGCCCAACCUGGGGAGCGGCCUGCAGCCAUGGUCCCCGCUGGACCUCAGCCGGGAAUGGGUGGACGCAGUGUGGGAACUGGAGUUCACAGAGACUGAGCCUCUGGAUCCCAGCAUUGAAGCAGAGAUCGUGGAGAAUGGAUUGAGUGCGUUCACAAAACUCUAUGACAGUCUUUUCCCUUUUGCUAUUGAAGAACAUGGAUCUACAGAGAGCGUCUGGACCUUCUUCAUCGAGAACAACAUCUCUCACGGUGCGCUGGUGGCCUUGUUCCAUCACUUUGUUCAGGUGGUCCAUAAGAAGAGCGUCAGCGUACAGCAUCGCGAAUUCGGCCUUCACGCUGCCGGGCUUUAUUUUCUGCUGCUGGAAGUACCAGGCAGUGUUGCCAAUCAAGUAUUCCACCCAGUGAUGUUUGACAAAUGUAUUCAGAUUCUAAAGAGGAGCUGGCCCCAGGAGUCCAGCUCGAGUCAGAAAAGAAAAAAAGAACAACCAAAGAACUCUCAGGCUAAUCCACGAGGGAGCAGGAAGAGGGGAAAGCUCCCCAGGAAAGAGGACAUGGAGAUGGAUGAAAUUAUUGAGGAACAAGAAGAUGAAGAGAGUAUUUAUUUUUCUGCCCGGGACCUUUGUCAGAUUCGAAAUGCUAUCUUUCACGUUUUGAAGAACUUUUUAAGGCUUCUGCCCAAGUUUUCCCUGAAAGAAAAGCCACAAUGUGUACAAAAUUGUGUAGAGGUUUUUGUGGCAUUAACUAAUUUUGAACCAGUUCUUCAUGAAUUUCAUGUUACACAAGCCAGAAACCUUGACGAAGCAAAAUACAUACCAGAACUGGCCUAUCGUGGAUUGUAUUUGCUAUGCUCCCCAAUCCACGGGGAAGGAGAUAAGGUUAUCAGCUGUGUUUUCCAUCAAAUGCUGAACAUCAUACUAAUGUUAGAAGUGGGCGAGGGCUCCCAUCGCACCCCCCUUGCUAUCACUUCGCCGGUCAUCAGCAGUAGAAACCAGGCGGUUCGCUUUAUCAGCUCUCUUGUGGAUGAACUAAAGGAAAGUGUGUUCCCAGUCCUUCAUAUCUUACUGCAGCACAUCUGUGCCAAGGUGAUUGACAAGUCGGAGUAUCGGACCCAUGCAGCUCAGUCCCUGGUCCAGCUGCUCAGCAAGCUUCCUUGUGGGGAAUAUGCUGCAUUCAUUGCCUGGCUUUACAGAUACUCGCGAAGUUCCAAGAUCCCACACCGGGUGUUCACCCUCGACGUUGCCUUGGCUCUGCUGGAACUGCCUGAACGCGAGGUGGACAGCACACUCCGCCCGGAGCAGCACAGGUUCCUGAAGCAUAAGUUCUUGGUUCAGGAUAUCAUGUUUGCCCGGUGUUUAGACAAGGCCCCAACCGUGCGAAGCAAGGCGCUGUCCAGCUUCGCACACUGCCUGGAGUUCUCUGUCCCGUCUGCGUCCGAGAGUGUCCUGGAGCUUCUCGUUAACAGCUCUACAAUUUCAGGAAUAGAGAGCCACCAUGACACUUUGCCAAAACAUUCAUCAGCCUUUUCCUCUCAGAGGCAGACACUUAGUCCCCCUGGAGGCUCGGAGGUGACCCAUACAGACAGCAGUGGUGGACCAGCUGGAUCUAGGGAAAGCUGUGUCAUGGCCAUGCUGAGGAAGAGGGCCCAGGACGAGAAGGCCAAUGUCAGGAGGUCUGCACUCCAGGUGUUAGUGAGUAUUCUGAAACACUGUGACGUCUCGGGCAUGAAAGAAGAGCUGUCCAUUCUGCAGGACCGGUGUCGGGACCCCACGGUGUCUGUCCGGAAGCAGGCCUUACAGUCUCUUACUGAGCUGCUCACGGCCCAGCCUCACUGCAUCCAGAUACAGAAGGCCUGGCUGGUGGGGGCCGUCCCGGUGGUGAUGGACUGUGAGAGCACUGUGCAGGACAAGGCCCUGGAGUGUCUUGACCAGCUCCUGCUGCAGAACAUCAGGCACCACAGCCAGUUCCAUCCUGGGGACGACGGCCAGGUGCUGGCCUGGGCGCUGCUGGCGCUUCUCAGCACGGAGAGCCGGGAGAUGAGCCGCUAUUUAAAUAAGGCUUUUCACAUCUGGGCCAAGAAAGAUAAAUUCUCCUCUGCUUUUGUGAACAACGUGCUCUCCCACGCUGGCACAGAGCACUCUGCACCGGCCUGGAUGCUGCUCGCCAAGGUGGCUGGCUCAGCGCCCGCACUGGACUACACUAGGAUCAUCAAGUCCUGGGAGAAGAUCAGCAGUCAGCAGAGCCCCAGCGCAGACACCUUAGGGCACAUUCUGUGUGUCAUCGGGCAUAUUGCAAAGCACCUCCCUCAGAGCACCCGGGACAAGGUGACUGAUGUUGUCAAGGGUAAGCUGAAUGGAUUCCAGUGGUCACUAGAGUUGAUCAGCUCAGCUGUUGAUACUUUGCAAAGUCUCUGUAGAGCAUCUGCGGAGACGCCCUUGGAGGAGCAGGAGUUACUGGCGCAGGUGUGUGGGGACGUCCUCUCCUCCUGUGUGUGCUGCCUCUCCAACGUCGUUCUGAAGGAGGAUGGGGCUGGGAGGAUGGAUGAAGACCUGGUGGUGAAGUACAUUUUUACCUUAGGAGAUAUCGCCCAGCUCUGUCCGGCCAGCGUGGAUAAGAGAGCCUUCCUGCUGAUCCAGUCCAUCCUGGCUGCUUCUGCCAGUGCAGACUGCUUGACGCCAGGUCCAGGCAGCAGUGAGGCCCCAGCCUGCCAACCACUGUCCCAGGUCCAAGGCUCUGUCAUGCCCUCCGUGAUCAGAGCACAUGCCGUCAUCACCCUGGGGAAGCUGUGUUUACAGCACGAGGACCUUGCAAAGAAGAGCGUCCCAGCCCUGGUGCGGGAGCUGGAGGUGUGCGAGGACGCGGCCGUGCGCAGCAACGUGGUCAUUGUCCUAUGCGACCUGUGCAUCCGGUACACGGUCAUGGUGGACAAGUACAUCCCCAACAUCUCCAUGUGCCUCAAGGACCCGGAUGCCUUCGUCCGAAAGCAGACGCUCCUCCUGCUCACCAACCUCCUGCAGGAGGACUUCGUGAAGUGGAAGGGCUCCCUGUUCUUCCGGUUUGUCAGCACGCUGACAGACCCGCACCCCGACAUCGCCAGCCUUGGCGAGUUCUGCCUGGCCCACCUGCUGCUGAAGAGGAGCCCCACCACGUUCUUCCAGCACUUCAUCGAGUGCAUCUUCCACUUCAGCAGCUACGAGAAGCAUGAGAAGUACAACAGGUUCCCACAGUCCGAGAGAGAGAAGCGGCUGUUUUCGCUGAAGGGGAAGACGAACAAGGAGAAACGAAUGAAGAUCUACAGGUUCCUCCUGGAGCACUUCACGGAUGAGCAGCGGUUCAACAUGACCUCCAAGCUCUGCCUCGGCAUCUUGGCGUGCUUCGCCGAUGGCACCCUGCCCCUGGACAUGGAGGCCAACGAGCUGCUCUCGGACACGUUUGAGGUGCUCAGCUCCAAGGAGAUCAAGCUGUUGGCGAUGAGGUCGAAACCAGAUAAGGACCUCCUCUUGGAGGAGGAUGACCUGGCCCUGGCAAACGCGGUCAUGCAGGAGGCACAGAAGAAGCUUAUCUCCCAGGUCCAGAAGAGGAAUUUCAUAGAAAAUAUUAUUCCGAUCAUCAUCUCCCUGAAGACUGUGCUCGAGAAGAACAAGAUGCCAGCCCUGCGGGAGCUCAUGAACUACCUCAGGGAGGUGAUGCAGGACUACCGGGAUGAAGUCAAGGACUUCUUUGCGCUGGACAAGCAGCUGGCGUCAGAGCUCGAGUACGACAUGAAGAGGCACCGGGAGCAGCUGGCCCAGGAGCAGGAGCAGGCGCUGGCCCGGCGGCCCAGCAUGGGCGCCCAGGGGGCGCAGGCCGUGCAGGUCGUACCGAGUUUGGAAAUAGGGCCGGCAGGAGCUGGCAGAGAUGGCGCCUCCCUCGAUCCCGGCAGCCCACCCCCCGCCCCCGGGCCACCAGAGAGGCUAAUGCACAGAGCCAGGCCUGUGUCACUGAGCACCAUCGCCGUCCUCAAUUCCGUCAGGAGGGCCGUGGAGUUGAGUGGCCAGCCUCGCAGCCGGAGUGCAGGGCUGCUGCCCUCCUCCGUGCGUCCCAGGAGCCCAGGCGAGCCCAGCAACCAAGCGUCCUCCCAGGGCCUGGAGCAAGAGUCCAGUGGAGCCAUUGACCGCGUCACUAACCGGGCCAUCAGCACUCCUGAGCGAACUAUCCAGAAUGUCACGUUUGGAGCAGGACUCAGCUACAUAGGCUCACCCCGGACACCGUGCCCUGCCAGAGGCAAGUCCCCGCCCGUCAGACACACCAGCUGCAGUCCCAUUGUUCUCCCAGGAAGUCUGAGUUUGUCUGACUCUCUUUCAGAGAAAAUGGAUGCCCAGAGUCACGGAGACGACAUCCUGUGUCUGUCGCUGCCCGACAAGCCGCCCCCGCAGCCCCCGCAGUGGAAUGUGACGUCUCCCGCCAGAGGCAGGGACAGCACCGCCCCCAGCAGGAGGUCGCUCCGGAAGACCCCCCUGCAAACAGCCAACUGACUGCACGUCCCUCAGCUGGACGCUGCUGCUGCAUCUGCCAGGGCUCUCCCUGUGGUGCCAGCACAGCCCGCUUGUCCGCCUGGGCAGCUGGCCAGUCCUGUACCUUCCUCCUUGUGAAAUGUGGGGUUCAAAACUGUAAAAUACCAGAGAAAGUCUUUAGCUAUUUAACACUGUAACUUUUCUCCAUUUGAAAGUAUCGAGUCUGUUCCGAUGAGCUACACCCCGGUCCCCACAGAGCCCAGCAUGCCCGCUCUCCUUCACUCAUCAGGCUUCUGUAGCUGGUUUGAAUUCCUGAUAGUACAUGGUUUCCCAAAUUUAAUAUCAAAACUGUAUUAUUUUUUCUAUUAUUUAUAAAUUACAAACUUUUAGGAAAGUGUGCAGCUGCCUGAAAUGAAUAAAGGUUAAGUGUAAGCAUGGCCUUCAAGUAA